AUCCUUGAUGGGAACAGUACUGAACAAAAGCUGUGCUAAUACCUGCUCUGAUUGUGCACUGAUUUCCUAGAUUAUUUCCCUGUGAGAUUGAAAUUCAGCAUGUACUUUAUGGUGGAUCAACAGAGCACUCGACUCACAAACUUAUCCCAGCGAUAAGUUUUUUCAUGGUCUGCCAUUUUUGAGAACUGACCUCAGGAUGGGUAGAAGAAAAGGACAGGAGGAAUGUCCUGCCAAGACGACGACUGUGUUGGAGUCACCAUUUGAGCACUCAGCAGCAGGAUGUUUGUCGCAGUCGUAGUGACAUUGGGGAGCACUGUAAGAGGAAAGAAGAGACUUACAGGCAAAUCACUACAAGGUUCAACAACAUUUGAUGGAAAACAUAGGCGCAGCCUUUCACAAUGUAUUUUUCCAAGUUAUACUUGUGCCUUUUUGGAUGAUGACCCUGCCUAUGAGUGUUGUUCCACAAAUCCUCCGACAGGCUCCAUUUCCACAUGUCGCCGCAGCCCUCGACUGCUUUCUAAUGGUUAUUACAUUCUGACGGAGGACAGUUUUUUGUCUGAUGAUGAGGGCAAUGUAACACUGACACCAUCCCAGACAAGUGUAACAUACAAAGAGAAUUUAGUUCGUGUAUUCAGGCGAAGGAAAAAAAUCGGUGUCUCCAGUUCAUGGCUCAGCAGCACCGUCCUCAGCAAUGCGGAUUCCUCCCAUGUAGAUGAUCCUUGGCCCGAUGGAUGCAAUAAACCAGCAGCCAGCCAGAGUGAUAUUGGUGAUUCUGACUUUUCUUCUGAAUAUAAUAGCCACGUGCCACAAAGGCAAAGUCCUGCAUCUCUUGGAGCCUCUCUCACCAAAGAUGACGAGUUUCUUCAGCCUGAGAAACCACUGUGUGCUUCAAAAUCGUGCUCUCCAUUUAUGACAAAUGCAAAUGAAGAGACUUUGAGCAAUGCAGAAUCCAGGACAGCGCAAAAUUUCCUCUCUCAGAUGGUUGCACUGAUCACGUGUUUAAUCAUUUCAAUAUGUACAAGAUAUUGUCUGGGAGGAUUGUCUGCCACUCUGUUGCUGAUAAUUUUAGUUUUUCUUUUGUCCCAAGGUGCUGCUGUGUCAUCUUUCUUUAGUCGUGACACAUCUUUCAGAACAACUAAGUUUUGGAAAUAACUGGAAAGAAAGAAUAAUCGUCAAGCCUCAUCCUCAGUCUCCAGUUUCUGUUUAUCAAGCGUUUCUAAGCCUCAGUGCAGCUCACAACCCUUAAAACAAGAGACUGAUUUAUUUGUGCCUGGAACUCGCCAUCCCAGUCCUGGCUCUGUUAUUUCCUUUAUCUCUUUACUGUGAAAAGAUAAAAAUGAGAAGAAGGAGCUAAGUGGAGCUGUGCCGAGGUUUGUGUGGAUAAAACAGCCUUGUUCAUCAGUUGGUUGAGUGCAGUUCAGCUCCUGAGAUAUAAAGGCAUCCGCACAGCUGCAGACACAACCUGGAAAACCUUUCAGCCAGCCCUCAAAAAGAGGAUGUUCAUCCAGAGAACAAAGCAUUUUAGAACAGUGUGCAGGCAUUUGAUCACUUUGCAGACUUUCUAAAGCCUACGAUCAAAAACACAUCCUCCUCAUCUGGUGUGCCAAGAAGUGGGCGUAGAUAUGGCACUUCUUAAAGUCAGUAGAACUGUUUAUGUAAGGGCUCAAUACUAGACCUUUAAAGCUGACUCUGAUUUUGAAGGCCAGUUCCAAUAUUAACCAAAGCAGGUACUGCAGGACGGCGUGGAGAAUUUGGGACUUGUUGCCUGGUAGGAGUAAAGUAAAUACAGACUGACUCAGGCUCCUGCGAGACAGGACCUACGUCAUUUCAAAACAAGGUUGUCUCUUGCCUUUUAUAAAAACUUAGAGGCAGAGUAGUUAGUUCUGUAGAUUUCAAAAUGUGUUCACUAAUGGUUUUCAUUUUUACUCCUCCUCAAAUUUGUUUUCCUCUGAUCUUCAGCAUCAAACUACUGGAUACCUCCUUAUGGCUACCAUUAUAUGUGUCACUGUGGAAAAAAAAUAACAGAAUUGUUAGUAUUCUUCCUUCAAAAUACAAUUCAUUUUAUCUUUAUUUUUAUUCUGGACAAACUGUGGGUGAGGCCGUAUUUCUUGGUGACUGUCUGAAAGCAGUCAUGCAAAACGAUUGCUGCACCUUUAGUAUCUUAUGCCAAUGAAGUCCUACAAGCGUGGGGCCUUACAAGCAUUUUGAUAGGAAAUUGACGGUAAAUAGUCUUUUGCAAUUCCCAUCCAGUUUUUAGUAAACAGCUGAUGUCUUCCAAUACUUUAGAUAUUAAUUUCCUGUAACAACAUGCUGUCAAAUGUAAUGGAUUUGGACGGUGGCUGAAUACAUGCAGGAAUAUUUUUCAGACGCUUUAUUGUAUCAUGUGUAUGCACUGCCUUCUGGCCUUUACGUUGUGCAUUAAGAAAAAGAGAAAAAAAAGGAAGGAAGAAAUAUUAUUGGAAGGAAAGCAGUCUUCAGAAAACCAGGAAUUGGGAUGUGGGGAACCAGUGAUGAGUCUGAAUUACCUGGAUUCACGUAAUAAAAUAUGACACCUGCAGGUAUUAUCUUCACUUUGGAAACACUGAGCCCUAUUUUUCAGCUUGGAUCUUUUCUACAACAGAGACUAAACUACACAUAAAACCUGUGGGUAAUCAAAAACUGUUAUCUUGUGACUCCAAGCUUUUAAUAAUCUGCAUCUUAAAAUAUCUCCCUGUAUGCCAGUUUAGCUAGGACAGCAUGGAUUUCAUCUUCCCAUGCAACACAGUGAUGGUAAUGACUAAGGAUGCUAUUGCCCACCAAAUCAUUCUAUAACUAGUGCUGCUUGAAGUCUACCUGUCCCCUGCUGUGCUAAAAGCAACGCUAGCACAGCCCCAGCUGCUAAAUCAGACAUGAAAUGCUGCCUACGGAAGGGCUAGGUCUGCCCAUGGGGUGUAAUCAGGCUGGCAGGCAUAACGAUGGGGAUUUGAAAACGCUGCAGCAGAAGUGCCCAAAUGAAAAGUUCUGGUGGAAGAAAGAAUCGACAAAACUGAAACACCCCUGUGUCCAGCUCUGGGUCUAAGCCAAGUUCAAGCAGGUUAUAGCUGUAUUUCUAGCAUCAAAAAUCCAAACAAGUGAUGCAAUGAGGAAAAGGGUACUUGAAGUUAAAAUGUACAUUUCCCUUUCAAAGUGUAAAUAUAUGCAGGUUAUAUUUUAAAGAUAAGCAUCAAUAGCUCAGCAUUAAGACCUCAAAGAGGGAAAUUUCACCCAAAUUACCAACUUUGCAUAGUAAUUUACUUUUGCCCAGUGCAUUAAAUUGACUCUAUGUGAUGUCAGAACAUCUGAUGUAACAAGACCAGGUUUUAUACUUUCAAUAAAUAGUGACAGCAGAAUGUUUGUCAUAACGCUGAUGUAUUACGUAACUAUAAUAGUAGUUAUCAUGCUCAUCAUCAUAUUUACUUGUAGUUAAUAAACUUGAAUAAUUUUGUCAGUAUUAAAUAAUUCUGCUUCAAUAUUUACUUUAACUAUGGAGACAACUGAGAGUUAAUAUCAUUGUGUCAUAUGUAUAAA